AAGUGAGCAGGCGAUAUGGUCAACAUCUGAAAAGCUUAUACACAAUCUCCCAUCUCCUCUGUUUCGCCUCGCAGUAUAGCUCUACCACCAUCUUCGCCGUCAGACAAAAUGGGUGAACCUCAAUAUGCCAAGUACCCUGACCUCCAACUCGCCCAAAAUAUCUUUCAAAUAUCCAAUCCUCACUGCCCCAAGGCCGUGAAGCAGUCAUCCGUUAAAGCUCUUCAAAAUGCCAUCAAAGAGCACACAAUGGCACCUCUCUAUAGGUAUCUUGCGCAUCCUACGGAGGGUAUAUUGAAUGCGCUAGGUGAAGGAUCCGCACAGAAGUCUCCAGGCAACCGAAGACCAUCUUCAAACGCUGCAAGCAUGCUAGCUACUCGGAGUCCUACACUAGACGUAGUUCUACCUUGGAAUGAGAAAUUGUACGAGGAGCUGAAAUCCGAGAACGAAAAGGAGCUGGAAGCGAUACAGAAGGAAGAGGAUGAGGCAACUGAGGCCGCGGGCGAGACAGAGAUACAACAAGCAAGAGGCAAACGGGCUGAGCUCUGGACAAGAACCGGCGACAAGGAAAAAGCGAUCGCAGGAUUCGAAGCUGUCUUUGAGAAGACAGGCAUUUUGGGCACAAAGAUCGACCUUGUCUUAGCUAUCAUUCGCGUCGGUUUGUUCUUUGGAGACAAGAUAUUGGUGAAGAAGAACAUCGAGCGAUGCGCCACGCUUGUAGAGAGCGGUGGUGACUGGGACAGACGCAAUCGUUUGAAGGCCUACCAAGGUCUCCAUCUGCUCACUGUCCGGUCCUAUAGUUCCGCCGCGCCCCUACUUCUCGAUAGUCUAUCCACAUUCACCAGUUACGAGCUCUGCAACUACCCGUCUCUCGUUGUGUACGCCGUGCUGUCCGGUUCAGUCGCACUCAAACGCGUAGACUUCAAGUCAAAGGUGGUCGACGCACCUGAAAUCAAAGCUAUUCUUGGCGAUGCUGAGGAGAAGAUGGCUGCUCUCUCAGGGGCAAUCUCAUCAGGACCAGCUGCUGGAGAUGAAGAGAUGUCUGACGCUCCGAAAUCGACUGCCACGCCCGCCAUCGUCAAUCUGACCACAUUAGGUCAGAACACAGCUGCCCAAGACGAAGCCCCAGUUGACUUCGGUCCCCUCGCGAAUUUGGUCAACAGUCUCUAUACCGGCAACUACUCAGGAUUCUUCGCCGCCUUGGCAGCCGUGGAAGACAAUUUUCUAUGCAAGGAUAGAUAUUUGUACGAGCACAAGGGAUGGUAUGUUCGAGAAAUGCGUCUUCGAGGCUACCAGCAACUUCUGCAAAGCUACAGAGUUGUUGGCCUCCAGAGCAUGGCAGAUGACUUUGGAGUGACGGUCGAUUUCCUGGAUAGGGACCUCUCCAAGUUUAUCGCAGGAGAUCGCGUUCCUUGCACGAUCGAUCGCGUGAAGGGUAUAAUCGAGACGAACCGGCCCGACGACAAGAACAAGCAAUACAAUGACGUCGUCAAGCAGGGAGAUGCGCUCAUCACGAAGUUACAGAAGUACGGGCAGUCAGUGAGAUUACGUGGCAGUGAGCGAGGCUAGAGCAUAGAGACACUAUUAAGUAUAGGUCGCACAAGAUGUUGUAAGAAUCCACAACACCUCACAAAAACAGCCAGAUUCAUGGACGAUUCAAUAAUUGAUAUUCGUGAGAACUUGUGAUUGUGCUUGCAAAUAGACAAAAGGCAUUAACAGUUUAUACACUAAGGAUGGUGCCUUGCAGACAGCAUAUUGGCACAAAACGUGACCCUAUAGCGAGCUUAGAGGUUAGGCAUAUGGUUGGCGUGAAUGAUAAGGGCUAUGCGACAUCUCAACU